UAAUAAUAUCCUAAUUCCUAUCCAUCCCUUUCCUGAAAAUCAAACAGUGAAAUCGAUCGGCGCAGAAGCGGAGCGGGAUCAAAAUGCGCUCUCAGAUGUUCUCAUUCUCAUCCAACACCACCUUACUUCGACAAGCUCUUCCAGUUCUGGUUCAACCCUACAAAUCCAUUCUCUGUCGAAUUGCUCCUCCUCCUAAUCAUGGAUUCGUUUCUAAUUCACCAACUCUCCUACGCCGUAGUGGUGGUCUUCCUCUACAUGAUAGCUUAAGCUCAUUCAUCCUUAGUCCUAUUCGCAAGUUUAGCUCACGCGCCACCAAUAUCAAUGAUGCUGGCUCUGUCGACUUACCUCUGAUGCAGUCCAUGGAGAAAAAGAUAAAGGAACAACUCAAUGCAGAUUCAGUCAUUGUGAAAGAUGCUUAUGGUGAUGGUCGACAUGUUAGAUGGCUGUUUAUGGCGGUUUGCCAAAAAUCCUCCAUUGAACUAUGGCGGAUGACAUUGCAAAUUAUGGUGGAUGCCCUUGAAUAGUAGUCAAUAGCGGGAAAUAGCGGCGCUAUAGCGGCGUAGCGGAGCGGAGCGGCUCCCUGCCGCUAUUGAGAUGAAAUAGCGGCCAACUUCUCAAUAGCGGUCGUAGCGGCGCGAAGAGCGGCCAAAAUAGCGGCAGAUCGCGGCCAUAAGCGGGAAAUAGCGGCGCUAUAGGAACGAAGGAGAAAAUGACUCAAGCCCCUUCGUUUUAAAUCGUUGGGGAACCUUUUUAUGGGCAUGUUAGGACUUCUCAGGGCCAUUAUAGGUCAAAAUUGAAAGAAUUAAGCUUCAUUCUUCAUUCAGAUUUGCAAAUUCGAUUUCUUUACCUUGCUUUUGAGAAGUUAUAGUUGUGUG